AUCAAAAUCUUUUUUUUUUUUUUUUUUUCUCUUGUUCAUUUCCUGCUGCUAUCUCUUUGUUGCCUAUUUCUAUAUAUAUUUCCACACACUCUCACACCUCAAUUUUCUCGUUUCCUUUUACAACCCAAAAACCUUUUUUUUUUUCUUUUUUUUUUUUCGGUUCUCCUCUCUGUACUUGCUUUUGGAAAAGACUGUUGUCGAUCUCUUUUAUUUUAUUUUAUUGUUUUUGGUUUUAUAGCUAAGUCUUAAUUAGAUCCUAUUCUGCUGUGUUUGCUUAUCUUGUAAUCUUCGAACUUACAGUGAAUUCCCAAACCUUCUUUCUUUUGGUUUGGCUUUCUUUGAAUUUCUAAGGUUCUAUAAAUUCUACUCCAUGAAUGAUAAUCAUAUAUUUGUCCUAACUAUAUUGAUCAAGAUCUAACAAAUUAACUUUUGAUCUUCUUUGUCUUCAUCAUCUUUAUCUUCAAGUAGUACUUCUUUUUUUUUUUUUUUGUGUGUUUUUUUCAACCAUGGCGAAUCGAUGGUGGGCAGGGCAAGUGGGUCUACCAGGGCUUGAAACCUCAUCAAGUCCCUCUCCCAUGAAAAAACAACCAGAUCUGGGAAUCUCAAUAAACAACAACACCUCAGCAGCAGCAACUGCUAACAGCAGCGGUGGUGGUGGAGGAGAUGAAGAAGAUGAAAAGGAGUACAGCGACGAACCGAGAGAAGGUGCAAUCGAUGUAGCAACCAGGCGGCCGAGGGGUCGUCCGCCGGGUUCCAAAAACAAACCAAAACCACCCAUCUUCGUGACCCGGGACAGCCCAAACGCGCUCAGGAGCCAUGUCAUGGAGAUAGCAAACGGAGCUGAUGUUGCAGACAGUGUGGCCCAGUUCGCCAGGAGACGGCAGAGAGGCGUCUGCGUCCUCAGCGGAAGCGGCACCGUCACCAACGUCACCCUCCGGCAACCGUCAGCACCGAGUUCCGUCAUGGCUCUUCAUGGCCGAUUCGAGAUUCUUUCGCUGACAGGAGCUUUUCUUCCUGGACCAGCUCCACCUGGCUCCACCGGUCUCACCAUAUACUUAGCUGGUGGACAGGGACAGGUCGUCGGCGGCAGCGUGGUGGGGCCGCUGGUAGCUUCCGGCCCGGUAAUGGUGAUUGCGGCGACGUUUUCGAAUGCAACUUAUGAAAGAUUGCCGUUGGAAGAGGAAGAAGAAGGUGGUGUUGGAGGUGGUCAUGGACAAGGUGGAGGAGGAGGCAGAGGCGGAGGUGGAGGUGGGAGUGGUGGUUCCCCGCCGGGAAUUGGAAGCAGUGGUGGUGGUAGUGGUGGUGGUCAUCAAGGUGGGAUGGCGGAUCCUUCAUCUAUGCCUGUUUAUAAUUUGCCUCCAAAUUUGCUUCCAAAUGGUGGACAGUUGAAUCAUGAAGCUUUUCCAUGGGCUGCUCAUGGAGGCCGACCACCAUACUAAUAUGGAGAGAGUAAUUUUUAUGGUCAAAAAGCAAAAUUGCAUUUUCUGUUUUUCUUGUUAUUUGUACUUAGACAAAGAGAGAGACAAAUAUAUAUUAAGAUGAAGCAAAAUUAAGUAGUGGAUUGUAUGUGUAUAUGUUUCAAUAAAAUGUAUUGUCUCAUUUUGCCUUAA